UGCCCCCUCAUGUGCAAAGUCAAGCAGGCAAACCACAAGCAAUGCUUUGUUUGCGGUGAGAGGGGGGCUGCCAUCACAUGCGCAGAGAGCGGCUGUACACGCAGCUUCCAUCUGCCCUGCGCUGAGGACGGGCAAUGCAUCACCCAAUACUUUGGAGAGCACAGGUCCUUCUGUUGGGAGCACCGUCCUCGACAGACACCUGUCAGAGCUCCAGCAGAAGACACCAACUGCGUCAUCUGCCAGGAGACCGUGGGGGACAGCUUGUCCUAUUAUACCAUGGUGUGCCCAGCGUGCACACAAAACUGGUUCCACCGCGGAUGCAUCCAGAAACAGGCUUUGAAUGCUGGCAUGGACUGCUUCCGGUGCCCUGCCUGUAGAGACAACACUGUGUUCUGCACCGAAAUGUCCACCAUGGGGAUCCACGUCCCAGACAGAAGACCCUCAUGGGAGGACAAUGGUGAAUACGAAGGACUUCGACAGAGGCACCGGAACUGCGAUGCCAUCAAGUGCCUUUGCCCUAGAGGCAGACGGCAGGCAGCUACAAGGGGGUGA